UCUGAUCGUUGUAACCAAUAUAAUGAAACGUAGAGCACAGGCUACAGAUAACUCUUUUGGGGUUGAUAAUAUAUCGAAGAAGAAAGCUGUUGUUGUAAAUGGAGAAGAAAACGAUACAAAGACAACAAACUAUAAAGACAGCCUGUACCGACCACCCACAAGCGAGGAAAUCACUUCUCUCAAAGAAACUGAAAAUCUUUUCAAGUCCAGUCUCUUCCGUAUGCAGAUAACUGAACUUCUUGCUGAAGUACAACCAAAAAAAGACAGGAAUAAAGCUCUUGAUGAAGUCCUGCAUGAACUCAAUACUCUUCUGUUGUCAUUACCUGAUGGAGAGAUGGUACACGAGAUGGAAGAUCACUCAUGGCUUCCCAAAGAAACCAAAUUUCCUCUUCCAUCCAGCCUUUCAUCUGUGAAAGGAAAGUUCUGCUUUAGAAGACCAGUUAGUGUGAAAGUUGUGGGGAGUUACCUUCUUGGUACCCUAACUAAACCAAAUAUGAAUGUGGAUGUUGCUGUUGAGAUGCCAAAGGAAUGCUUUCAACAUAAGGACUACCUAAACCUCAGAUAUCAUCACAAGCGAGCUUUGUACUUAUCCAUCAUGGCAUUACAUUUAGUAAACAGCUCUUUAUUUGAGAGUGUCCAGUUCAGUCACAUGAAUGGAGAAGUAUUGAGGCCAAUCCUGGUGCUUAAACCAGAAGGUAAAGCUGGCAAACAGUUUGUCAUCAGAUUGCAUCCCUCUUUAUCAGAGGGCACAUUCAAGCCUCAGAGAUUUUCUCCAACCAGGAACAAUGUUAGACGUCGCUGGUUCAAAGGAGAGGAGGGUGUGGCUGAUGAUACAGAUGACACAGGGUUACCAACCUUUCAUUACAAUGCCUCAGUAUUGUCUGACAUGUUCCUGGAACGACACCUUCACCACUUGUACAAGUGCAUCACAGAUUUUCCUGGAAUGAAAGAUGCUGUGGCUCUUAUCAAAGUUUGGCUGCAUCAGCGGGAACUUGAUAAGGGCCAGGGUGGCUGCACUGGAUUUUUAGUGUCUAUGUUCAUCUCUCAUUUACUACUUAUAAAGAAAAUCAACAAGCAGAUGAGUUCAUAUCAGAUUCUUAGAGUUUUCCUACAGUUCCUUGGAUCAACUGAUUGGACUGAAGAAGGAGUAACAAUGACCAGGGAAAGCAGCGAUGAUACUAAUGUGCCAUCAAAAGCAGAUUUUCAUGCAGGGUUUGAUGUGGUGUUUGUUGACCCAUCUGGUUACCUAAACCUGUGUGCAGGAAUGACUGGGGCUCAGUACAAAAGAUUACAGCAUGAGGCCAGGUUAUCUUUGGAAUAUUUGGACAGCAGUUUUAUGGAUGGCUUUGAGAUUCUUUUUAUGAAGUCUGUGCCAUUUAUACAAACAUUUGAUCAAUUUCUACAAAUUCCAAACAUUAGUUCUUUAGAAGUGGUUUGCAAGAAGGAUGACCUUCUCAGUCACCUUAUUGACCAUCCUGGAGACUGGACCCCAGUUGUUACUGAUUGGCUACUUCAUCUUGUUGACAAGGGCCUAGGAAAAAGAGUAGACAUGCUGUGCUUUGAGCCACAGGCUCCCUGUCAGUGGCCAGUUAGCAAGACUCCACCCGACAAAAGUCAGAAGGCUUUGACCCUGGGUUUGCUGUUGAACUCUGAUCACUCUGAUGUCGUGCUUGACACAGGACCCCCAGCCGACAGCGCAGAGGCGAUAUCUUUUCGAUCAUUUUGGGGUGAGAAGUCUGAGUUGCGCCGAUUUAAAGAUGGAUCAAUCCUGGAGGCGGUGUUAUGGCCGUGCAACAGUAUAGCAGAAAAACGAACUAUCUGUGAAAGAAUUAUCAAACACCUUCUUCAAAGACACGGAGAUGUCGACACUUCGUCGUUCACCUACGUUGCAAGUCAGCUGGACUGUGUACUUCAGACUCAUGCUGAAUCAUCUAACGAUAGAACAGGCGAGGAGGACGCACAGAGAGUGAAUCAAGUUUACAACACUUUGUGUAAACAGAUCCGGGCGUUGGAGCUGCCGCUCAGUGUGAGCUCGUUGCAGGGAAUAAGCCCGGUGUUCAGAGGAGCAGAGGUUUUUCCCCCUAGAGCUUGCUUUAAAAAUAGCAAAGUGAAACCGCAACCUGGCAAUGAAAACUUAGCAGACAAUGUAUUGCUGCCGUCUGAACUAAAGAACACCACUUGGUGUCCAGCUAUGGAAGUUAUCUUGCAGUUUGAGACAAGCGGUAAAUGGCCGGACGACUUGACCGCCAUUCAACACAUCAAAGCGGCAUUUCACAUCAGACUUGCCGAGUUACUGAAGAGCGAAUGUUCACUUGUUACUGCUGCUUCACGUCAACAUGUAGACGUACUGAAGGAUGGUUUUGUGUUCAGAGUCAAGAUUAUGCACUACCGUGAAAUGGUGUUGCUUCAAAAAAGCGAUAUUACACAGGAGUCGAAAACGGAUCACGAGAAGAAAGCUAAAGAACUGGAACGGGAAAUAACACAUUUGCCGCUGUUGACAAGCACUCUUCAUGGCAUACAACAGCAGUUCAGUGGAUACAGCGGAACUGUACGUUUGGCUAAACGCUGGUUGUCGGCUCAACUGUUGUUUGAUCACGUGACUGAAGAAUGCAUUGAGCUGUUGGUAGCCUCUCUGUUUCUCUCCCCAGCCCCCUUCACUCCUCCCAGAUCUCCUCUGGUCGGAUUUCUUCGAUUUCUUCAUCUGCUGUCCUCGACCAAUUGGCAAACAACGCCCAUAAUUCUUAAUUUCAAUAACGACUUUUCUGCUGAAGAAUACCAGGAAAUAACUUCCAAGUUUUCAAACAACAGAGCACAGCUUCCGGCGGUAUUUAUUUCUACUCCUAGGGAUAAAUUUACCUCUUUGUGGACAAAGGACAAACCUUCCAAACAGAUUGUAAAUAGACUUUCCUUGCUGGCGAGGGAGUCGCAGUCGAUCUUGGAACAUCAAAUUAAAACGUGCCCUCUUCAAACAACAGAUUUCAAGCUAAUCUUCCGUCCGCCAUUGGAUCAUUAUGACGUCAUCAUUCAUCUUCACAAUCGUCUCCUCUCUCGAAGAAGCCAGGCCCUUGAUCGUGUGAAGCAUUCAACAGAGGAACCCUCAUCAUCAAGUCCGUCUGUUUUACUUCCGGUCGUCAAUUUUGACCCCUCGUGGUUGUAUCUCGAAGAACUUAAGGAAGCGUUUUCAGAUGUUGCGAUGUUCUUUCACGAUGUUUAUGGUGGGAAUAUUGUUGGGGUUGUAUGGAAGCCUCACAGCUUUGAACCAGCUCCGUUUAAGAUUCUACACGCGCAGCAUAAGAUGCCAUUAACCACUCCUCAAAAGGGUGCAAAG